AUGGCAUUGAUAAAAGAGACUUUGAAGAUAGUUCUUUUGAGAAAAACACUAGUGGGACGAAGAAACCGAAGAGCUCUAAGAGGCCACAAGCUCCCCAGGCUAAAGAGUCUAGUACCAAGAAGACCGCGGCAAAGAAAGAGAUACGCAACAGGCCGUAUACUCAAUACUCGUACAAUUCCAGCUGGCUCUAUGGGCGAUAAGGUGGCUGUGGGGGGAUUCGGUAAAGCAUCAGGACACGGCCUGUGCACGCAAAAUCUGGCAACAUGUAUCGGCAUCGUCAUUCAGGGUAAUGCACCACCCACGAACCCUCACGCAAACACUCGCUGGCUUCUACACUUGGUUUUAGAGGACCAAUGGGCCCCGUUUGCGGCACCUGUUAGGGCCGAGGGGCUGUUGAAUAUGCAAGGCUGGAUUUCGGUCCCGAUGACCACUGCUAUCGGUACUCAAAUCAGCGUCCGUGAUACCACGGUAUUGACAUCGAUUCAGCAAGACCAAGACUUUAGCACCAAGAGAAUACGCACAACAAAAGCAGCAGUGGUGAGCCUUACUGGGCGAUCUUGCAAAGUCAAGUCACACCCCAUGAAUCCUCCUACUUCUAUGCAGAUUUCUAGCGAUGGUGAAGUUUCUGCUGCUGGUGGAACAGGGGGAUUUGUUUGA